UAUUGUAACGACUGCGGGUCAGGGACAGAGGAGAGAUGCCUUUUUUCAAAAGAAGCAACAAACCUCCCAAAAGAAGACUUGAUGCAGGGAAUACAAGUCUAAGCAAGUCGAAUUUAAGCCUUGCCGGAACUGGCGAGCUUAGCGAAUCAGUCAAUAAUGCUCUCGUAAAAUUAAAACUGGGACGACACGAGUUGAGUUUUCAAGAUGGCGAAUGGAUUGCAGAGCCAGGAUCACAAAGUAGUUCUAAAGAUGGAGCAGAAGUUAACAGAUUACAGAUGGAGAAUUCACAGCUUAAGGAGGAGAAUAACUACCUGAAAUACAAGAUUGAAGUCUUAUUAGACAUGAUGGCAGCCAGCAAUGCUGACUUGAAUGUAAUGGAGAAAGAACUUGACACUUUGCAAAGUCAGAAACAAGGCCGCAGAGUUGCAAAGUAGCAAUUGUAAAUGCUGCUAACUUUUAUUCAUCAGAGUAUUUAAUUAGUAAAUUAAUACACCAAAUUUAGGUUUUCUUCUAGUAAUAGCUACAGGGGAACAAAGUUGAGUUAGACUUGAUGUAUUUAUAUUAGUAUUUGAAAAUAAAUAUAUUGUAUUAGAUGUUUUGGUGUGCCAUAUUGCCAAGUAUUUUUACAAGUUGUGCUGUAUUUUGAGGAGCCUGUAGGGUGAGUCAAAAUAUAAAUAAGUAAAAAAUUAUACUCAGCAAUACGACACACCAAACUGUCUAAUAAGUUAUUCAUUAUCCAAUAUGCCAAAUUGUUUUUUCAGUGCAGGCAAAUUUUGCAGAUAUUUACUUAUGGGAAUUUGAUAUUUCUAUUUGCUGUUUCCAUUUUAUUCAAUAAGCAUUGAAAUUUCAUUGUCAUCUAACUGAUUUUCUUUGUUCAAUUUAUCUAAUAAACUUGGAUCAAUGUCCGCCAGCUAUUUCAACUCUUUGUUGUCAGAAAAAUAAUUAAAACUGUCCUUUUUUUUAUAACUUUAAUCCAGUUUGUCACUUGCACAAUGUGAGAAAAGCUGUCUAACCAGUUCUCUGGAGUACAAAUACCAUGUGAUAUUUGUACUACUCUUGGGUGUUAUUUGUACUCUACAGAGUGUUGUUGGAUAAUAAAGGUCAGUUACUGUUCCUCCAGCAUUUGCAUCAACAAGUAUUUUAAUUUUCAGUCCUUCACACCUAAGGUCAAAGUACCAGUGGGACAUGCCAUCAUUAACAUCAAAUUUCUCUGAAAAGCUAAGUAGAGAUAGAUGGUUGAUUGGAUUGGGUAUGGCUAAAUUGAAUUGGUAAAUUUAUCUUAAAAGCACUGAAAAGAUGUUUUGUAGCUUAUCGUUUCAUUACAGGUCUAUUCUGGUUGAAGCACCCCCAACUUUUUUUUUUUAAUGUUUCAAGAGAUCUCUUUAGUUUUGGUUUUCCUUCUGUUUUUGUUAUCUACUUCUUUUAUUUAACAUUGUGAUGCACAAUUUUGAUCUGACACAAUAGAAACAAACGAUGUCUCCAGGGUCUGCGGCAGGAGGAUUUCAUAUAAGAAUUAAUUCAGUUGAAAGGCCUGCCUGUACCUGCCCUGCUACCCACUGGAGUGAAAACCUUUGAAAUCAAAGUUAGACUACUGACUCUUAAAUAGCUUACUUUGCAGACUGUGCUACAGUGAGAUAAAAAAGUGAGAGCACAUAUGAAGCUCAAGACUACUUAAAUUGGCAUUCUCUUGAAAAGGCAAUACACAUUAGUAGUUUGCUUAUGGUAACCUGUUCCACCUCAUAAUUGGGCUACUUACAGUCAUUAGGUGUUCUCGGUUGUAGCCCAAAGCUGUUGAAUCUUUAGUCUGAUCAAGUCAAGAACUUGUAAUCAAUUAAUAGUGUUAAGGGCAUUCUCAUUGAUGAAAUACAGCUUAACAAUUACUUUAUUCAAUGCCAUGUAUUAAUAUUGCUUUGCUAUUAUUCUAAAUGCACUGACAGAGGCUUUUCUUAUGAACUUAUUGUUGUCAUUCUAAUCAUUUCAACUAUGUUCAAAAGAAAUUGUUAUCAAUAAAAUACAGUACACUUUUGUGGUACUGACAGAGUAAAAUUA